UAAUCAAUUCUUGUCCAAUAAAAUUCAUGUCUAUAAAUUUUAUUUCCUAUCCAAAUUCCAAUAUCCUUCUAUGUUCUCCUCAUAUCUUUAAUAUUGGUAGGUGUAUUCUUUCAUGGUUUUUCAUAGCUAUGCUCAUGAUAAGUUGCAUGAUUUGGUGGCAUAGCCCUCGUAAGAAGUAUGGGCGAAAUUUUAUUUUCAUGUGGAAGUAAUAGAAGGGCUGUGAUUGCAACUUUGAGCAUUCCCGAAAAUGACAUUCAGCGUUUUGAAGGGAUUUCAGAAGUUGAGGUUGUUACAAAAUCACUUCAAGGUCUUUCCAUUGAAUCUGCCUUGGAUCUGCAAAAACUUCUUAGAGUUGAAACAUGCACAUCACAAACAACUGCUUUGCAAAGGCUUGAAGCAAAUCUUCCCCUUUUCCAAAGUCGAAUGGGAGCAUUGCUUUUCCUAAUCUCUGCUUUACUUUCUCGAGGACUGGUAUGUUUGGCUGCUUCAAGCUCUGCUAUUUACUUCAGUUGCAUUUUACAGUCUCUGAAUUCACUGUCUUUCAAAGCAAGAGAUAUUGGGCUAUUUCUUUCCCUCUAUUUUCUUUUGCUGAAAAUAUGUUAA